UGGAAUACAUGUGAAUACUUUCUUGAAAAUAAUGUAAAUAAUGAGAACAUUUCAUAAAUGACAGUUGUGCUAGUUUCCUUAUUUGACUGAGUUGAAAUUGACCACAAAUCCUGCUUUCAAUUGGUGACUGCUGUACCAAACACGGGCAAUCUCAAGAGUUGGGCCUAUAUUGGAAAAGGUUUUUAAUUCACAGAAAGUGGCUUUUAGAAACAUCUAACCUACACACGUUAGCUGCUGUAUCACAUUGGUGCAAUGAAAUGAAUAAGCUACUGUAAUAGUUUUCUUAUUUUUCUGACGGCAAAUCACUGUUCUUGUGUUUGUGUUAAAGGGGUUGUGUGAUUCUGCUUCAGGUUGUUAUCAGUCUAUGGUUAAAACUCAGUGCCCACUUACACAGUACUCGUCUUUGUCUGGGAAGGUGGAUGCUGUGGUGGCCAUGUUCCUCUGAGUUUGAUUGACAGGCCAAGAUGGAGCUGAAGGUAUGGGUGGAGGGCGUGGUCAGGGUGGUGUGCGGCCUAUCAUUGGAGACUUCCUGUCAGGAUGUGGUCAUCGCCCUCGCACAGGCUAUUGGUCAGACAGGUCGCUAUGUUCUCAUCCAGAAGCUACGAGGCACAGAGAUGCAGCUUGUGGCAGAUGACUGUCCCUUAGAGUCUCUGUCUUAUCUGGGUCAGCUGGCCAUCGAGGUCCAGUUCAUCUUGCGUCGCACAGGCCCCUCCAGCACUGACGGACCUAACAGAGCCACCCUGGAUAGGGUCCACCCUUUGCUCAGGCACCCUACACCCAUGUCCUCCAGAUGCCGAGAGCCGAAGAAGGCCCUCACUUUCAACCUUGGUCCUUCUACAAUCCCCAGAAGGACUAAAGCUAACAAGGCCUGGUCACCUAGUCCAAGAGCCUCACCAGAGCCCAGGGCCUCGCCUGUUCCAUCCCUGGUCUCCCCCACCGCCUCCCCUCCCCCACUCUCCCCGUCUGACCCGUCCAAGGAGGAGGUCUUCAGGCAGGUGCUGCAGCAGCAGGAGAUGCUACAGGACCUGGAGUCCCAUCUGGUGGCUUUGGAAAGGGAGGCAGAGGUGUGGGAGAUGGGGAGGCUGGUAACUCCUGUCCCAGGCCUGAAUCCAGGCCUAGUAGAGGAGAUGGAUGUGCUGGAGACAAGGCUGAGACCGAACGAGGCAGAGCUGCAUGGGGAUUACUGGGAGAAGCAGAUGCAGCGAGAGAAGGACAAGGAGCAGGAUAUCCAGGGACAUCUGCACCAACUCUACGCCUCUAUGGAUGAAUACAACUUCCGGCUCAAGGACCUCCAGAGCCAUUCAUCCAGGCUGGGGCAGGACUUUCGUGUUGAGGCCCGCAGACGGAGCUCUCGUCCGGGCACCCCGCAACCAGAGGAGGCCCUGGGACCGCUGAGGGAGGAGCUACACAAUCGGCUUCAGAAGGGGGCAGAGGUGGACAUGUCAUUGACAGAGACUAAAAAAGCAUUGCAGACUGCAGAAUUACGGUUACAGGAGAGGUGUGAGGCGCUGGAGGAGCUGAACAAGGAGCUGAGGCAGUGUAACCUGCAGCAAUUCAUCCUGCAGACGGGUGUUCCCCCUAGCCCCUCUUAUUCAGACCAUCCCCUCCCCGACCAGACACACGCCCACCUCCAGCCCAUCGCCACGCCUUACCUCUGCAUAGCAGGACUACUGGAGGAUGACCAGACUGACACUCUGACUGUAUUAAGCCAGAAGACGCCCCCUGGACUCUGAGGGAGGAGCUACACAGCUGGCUGCAGCACAAAGCGGAGCCGGACAUGUCACUUGCUGACUCCACUCGAUGUCAACAGUCUUUAGACUGGGAGCAUCUGGAUGACUCUCCAAUUGCACUGUGUGUGUGUGUGUGUGUGUGUGUGUGUGUGUGUGUGUGUGUGUGUGUGUGUGUGUGUGUGUGUGCGUGUGUUUAACUAUUCUAGUAAACAAACAAGAUGUUGACCAACUGGGGAUAUUUUGUUAGCCCCCAUGAGGUCAAAUGCUAUUUCUAGGGGGUUAUAGGGUUAGAAUUAUGUUGAGGGUAAGGUUUAGAUUCUAGGGUUAGUUUUAGGGUUAGGAGCUUGGGUUAGGUUUAAGGUUAGGGUUAAGGUUAGGUUUUUGGCUUAAGAUUGGAGUUAGGGUUAAGGCUAGGGUAAGGGUAAAAGUAUGGGUUAGGUUAGUGUCAGGUUUAGGGUUAGGAGUUAUGAAAAAUAGGAUUUUGAAUGGUACUGAAUUGUGUCUCCACAAGGUUAACUGUACAAGACGGUGUGUGCGUGUGCGUGUGCGUGUGCGUGUGCGUGCGGACAUGUUUUUCUAUACUUGUGAGUAUCAAAGUCCUCACAACAAACUAAAAUUCAGAGAAGUGAGGACAUUUAGCCAAGAAGGCUAUUUUAGGGUUAGUGGAUAGGUUUAGGUUUAUUGUUAGGGGUUCAGGUUAGGGUUAAGGUCAGUGUUAAGGUAAGGGUUAGGUUUAAGGAAAAUAGGAUUUUCAAUGGGAAGAAAAUGUUAGUUCACAAAAAGUCCUCACAGGUAUAGUAAGACAUAGCUCUGUGUGUGUGUGUGUGUGUGUGUGUGUGUGUGUGUGUGUGUGUGUGUGUGUGUGUGUGUGUGUGUGUGUGUGUGUGUGUGUGUGUGUGUGUGUGUGAGAGAGAGAGAUCUAUAGCCGGUGGAUUGGUUGACUUUUAAUACAGUAUCUGCAACAUUCUAGUAUUAAUGUAUCUAUUAACUUUAAAAUAUUUUAUGAAAUUUUAAUUUUCUAAAGAUGUACUCCCUAUGCAAUAAAGAUGACUUAAUGUA